AUGUCCAGUCGUCAAGGUGGCAAAUUAAAACCACUCAAACAACCCAAAAAAAAGGGACCUGGUGAUGUAGACGAGACUGAUUUAGAACACAAAAAGAAAGAACAAGAAGCUCAGAAAAAAUUAAAAGAAUUAAAAGACAAAGCACAAAAAGGUGGUCCUUUAAUUGGAGGCGGCAUCAAAAAAUCCGGAAAGAAGUAA